UGCAGGAAGAGGCAGAUAAACGUGAUGAGGACCAGUCAGGGGUGCCAGAUUACUUUUAAGCCUUUUUUCAUCCUUGUAGUUAUUUAGUUUGACUUUCUGUCCGUCCACAUGAUUCUAGGAACCAGGCGGAGUCUUCUGAGGCUCCAUGUGUCAUAACGGUGCGAUUUUCAGACCUCCGCCCUUUUUGGAUAGACUGCAUAUCUCACUUUGCUCCAACAGUGCCCAAAGUGAGGCGAGAAGAAGAACGAAAGUCUAGUGGACCAGGAUGAUGUUUCCAGUGGCAGAGUCUGAAGUCCCAUGCUGGUGAUCUAAGGUGCACAAAAUGCAUCAUAACCAGGGGGAGCAGCCGGGAAAUCCAAUUACUGCGCAGCACGGGACAGCGCGCCACAGCAGCUCCAGCAGUCCGGGGAGCAGCCCGGGUAGCAGUCUGGUCAGUGGCCUCUCUGACCUCCAGCCUCCCCCCUACCCUUACCCGGAGUUUAAGAGAAACGCAGUGACUGAUGACUAUAAAAUCACAGCGCAGGUUCUCGGCUUGGGCAUCAAUGGCAAAGUGCUGGAGUGUUUCUGCAAGACAACAGGAGAGAAGUGUGCACUCAAGAUCCUGUUUGACACCCCUAAAGCCCGACGGGAGGUGGAGCUGCACUGGCGAGUUUCUGGAGGCCCCCACAUUGUCCGAAUCCUCAGCCUGUAUGAGAACAUGCACCAGGGGAAGAAAUGUCUCCUCGUUAUUAUGGAGUGUAUGGAGGGAGGGGAGCUGUUCAGCCGCAUCCAGUCCCGAGGGGACCAGGCCUUCACAGAGAGAGAGGCGUCGGAGAUCAUGCACGACAUCGGCACAGCUAUAGAGUACCUGCAUCACAUGGACAUCGCUCACAGGGACGUAAAGCCUGAAAACCUGCUCUACACCACCAAAGACAGUAACGCUACUCUGAAGCUGACUGACUUUGGUUUUGCUAAGGAGACUACACUGUACAACUCCUUGCAGACUCCCUGUUACACUCCUUAUUAUGUGGCCCCAGAGGUGCUUGGACCAGAGAAAUAUGACAAGUCAUGUGACAUGUGGUCUCUGGGUGUUAUCAUGUAUAUUCUUCUGUGUGGGUUUCCUCCAUUCUACUCAAACACGGGUCAGGCCAUCUCUCCGGGCAUGAAGCAGAGGAUCAGGCUGGGCCAGUAUGAGUUCCCAAACCCUGAGUGGGCUGAUGUCUCCGAGGAAGCCAAACAGCUCAUCAUUCAGCUUCUGAAGACAGACCCCAAUGAGAGGAUGACCAUUGGACAGUUUGUGAACCAUCCCUGGAUCAGUCAGUCCAUGGUGGUUCCUCCGACGCCCCUGCACACCUCUCGGGUUUUGACAGAAGAUAAAGAGCUGUGGGAUGAUGUGAAGGAGGAAAUGACCAGUGCUCUGGCCACCAUGCGAGUUGACUAUGACCAAGUGAAGAUCAAAGACCUGGACCUGUCCAACAAUCCUCUCCUUAACAAGAGGAGGAAGAAGCCCACGUCUGGAGGAGAAGAAACAGGAGGAGACGGUGAUGCAGGAGACAGAGGAGUGUUGUCUAAUAGCCACAGAGAAGUCACAUUUUCUGAAGAGCAUGGAGAAAUGAUCAUUUGACACAAGUAGUAUAAACAUAUGAGCAAAAGUUUCCCAUUCACAUAUCACUUACUGCAAUUUACCCAUGUUUCAUCUUAUUUUGUAUCGCUGCACUUGAGUCUUGCAUAAAGCAUUAGUUAUUUUGAUUGAUGACACCCUGACAUUUAAAUAAAU